AUGUCUUAUAUCGUACCAAUCCACCGUCCUAGCGGUGUGCGGGAUGCGAUCAAGCUGAACUUCCUCGACCCAAAUGCCGAGACUCUGAUCGUCGCGAAAGCGAACCGUUUAGAGAUAUACGAGCAAGGGUCCGAAGGGCUGGCACUAUUGUACUCGAAGACCGUCUACGGCUACAUCACAAUACUCGAGAAACUCCGACCAGCUUCGUCGAAAACUGACCACCUGUUUGUCGGGACCGAUCGAUACCACUACUUCACAUGUUCAUGGAAUGCGGACAUCAAGCAGCUGCAGACCGAGCAAAGCUAUGUCGACUUGGCAGAUAACGUCUUGCACAACUCCAAAGAGGUGGACAGGUGUCACAUAGACCCUACCGGACGGUACAUGACGUUAGAAUUAUAUGACGGAGUGAUCUCAGUCCUCCCUUUCGUGCAGCCCACGAACAAACGGGUCAAAAGAGAACACGCCACAAAUCCACAGGUCGGAACCCUGGGCGAACCCGUCCAGGUCCGGAUCGAAGAACUGUUGUCAAGGUCAUCCGCGUUUCUGGACACGGAUCCAGACUCCAAAGAGAACCCGAAGUUGGCAAUCUUGUGGGAAGACAACUUGGAGAAUCCGCAAUUGAAACUGCGCGAGCUAAAAUACUACCCUGGCGGUGAACAAGCAACAGCAGAGUUUGAGACGAUCGCUGAACUGCAUGGCGACCAGUUGGACAAGGGAGUCAGCCAUCUCAUCCCCGUCUCGGCGCCUUACGGGGGCUUCCUGAUUCUAGGCGACCAUGCCAUCCGCUACGUCGACCGCGAAUUAUCCAACGUAAUCACACAGCCUCUGGAAGACAACGCCACCAUCUGGUCAUGCUGGACCAAGAUCGAUGACCAACGAUGGCUGCUUGCCGAUGAUUUCGGCAGGCUCUUCUUCCUGAUGAUCGAUGUUUCGGGAUAUGAGGUGUCGUCAUGGAGGCUGGAUACUGUCGGGGUCGCGUCAAAGGCCGCGUGCUUGGUGUAUCUUGACGAAGGCUAUGUUUUUGUUGGCUCACAUUCAGGGGAUUCCCAGGUGGUGCAUAUUGAAGAACUAGGAGUCCUCGUUGUCCAGACCUUUGCCAACAUUGCACCCAUCUUGGAUUUCACAAUCAUGGAUUUGGGCAGGGGUGCCGAAGGAGGACAGGCCCCUGAAUUCUCCUCCGGCCAAGCGCGAAUAGUGACAGCUUCGGGGGCAUGGCAGGAUGGCGCCAUCCGAAGUGUGAGGAGCGGUGUCGGUCUCGAAGAACUCGGCACCAUCGGGGAACUGUCUCAUAUCACAGAUCUUUGGGGACUGAGCUCGACAGGACAGAAUGGUGUGCACGAUACACUUCUCGUCUCUUUCGCCACCGAAACGCGCAUCUUCAAGUUCGACUCUGAAGCAGCCGUGGAGGAGGUGGACGAGUUUCACCACUUGGAGUUUUCCCAGCCGACCCUGUUCGCGGCAAAUCUCCCUGAUCGCAAGCUUGUUCAAGUAUACGAAAGUGGGCUGCGAAUCACAGACCUCGAAUCCAAUAUGCUUACACUAGAAUGGGAACCUCCUACUCCAGCCGCAAAAAUCACAGCAGCGUGUGCGAACUCUGUGCACCUCCUUGUAGUGGAAGGCGGCCAUACCCUCCAUGUAUUCCACGCCGCCAAUCACGGAUCCAAGCCGACCGUUUCGAGAGCAUUCCCACCGGACUCGCAAAUAUCCAGCGUGACGGUCGCAGACUCACAGAGCAACAUGUGCAUUGUAUCUUUCUGGCAGACAGCGUCGGUUGCGAUCCUCGAUCUGCAUUCCCUCGAUACUCUUCUGACACAGACUCUUGGAACUCCUGGGACGGACAUCCCACGAUCGGUAUUAGUGGCGCACGUUCUUCCUGAUGCUCCCCCUACUCUAUUUGUGGCGAUGGCCGACGGCACUGUUUUGUCGUAUUUAUUUGACGCCUCCAAACGUUCUCUGUCUGGAUUGACGAGGAUAUUGCUGGGGAGGGAACCUGUGGUGUUCAAGCAGCUGCCUAAGGACAAUGAUUCUCAAUCGACUCUGUCGAACGUCUUCGCCUCGUGCGAGCAACCAUCACUGAUCUAUUCAUCCGAAGGCCGAAUCAUCUAUUCGGCCGUCAACGCCGAAAGCGAGUCUCGUGUAUGCAACUUCAACUGUGAAGCAUAUCCAGAAGCCAUAGCCAUGGCUACGCCGAAGGAACUUAAGCUUGCCCUGAUCGGAAAGGAGAGAACAACGCAAUUGCAAACUCUCCCAAUUGGGGAAACUAUACGCUGCCUAACCUACGAGCCGACGGCAAAGAUGUUUGCCAUGGGCUGUGUUCGUCGGAUCAUGGAGAGCGGUACUGAAGCUUUACUUAGCUCCGUCAAGAUCGCAGAUGAAGUCAACUUUAAAGAACUUGACUCGAUUGAACUACAAGACCGAGAGCUUGUGGAAUGUAUCGUAUCAACGGGAUCCCUUGAUACGGAGGAUGAGUCUAAAGGCUAUGGCGAUAUGUUUGUCGUGGGCACUAGCAUUUUGGAGGAAAAUGAUGCCGGGCAGGAAGUCACAAAAGGACGCAUACUCGUCUUCGAAGUCGACAAGGAGAAGAAUCUCCGAGAGGUCGCUCAAACCAAGGUUAACGGUGCAUGUCGAAGUUUGGCCAUGUGUGACGGCAAAAUUGUGGCUGGCCUGGUGAAAACGGUUGUUCUGUAUGGCCUGAUACCGUCGGCGAUCAGUGACUAUUUCCUGGAACUGCAAAAGCUGGCGGCAUAUCGAACGUCGACGAACCCGCUGUCGAUAGCCGUGACCCCGGCCUCCCCAGAAGCACCGGCCCUGAUCGCGGUGGCCGAUUUGAUGAAAUCCCUGUCUAUUCUCCAAGUGCUCCCUCCUCAAUCUUCCAACCCGGAGUACCGACUCCAAGAGACAUCUCGGCAUUUCGCAACAUUGUGGUCCUCCUCCACGGCGGUCCUGAGAGAAGAUGAAUGGGUGGUCGCGGACAUGGAGGGAAAUCUCAUCAUGCUCCGACAAGGUUCUUUGGACUCUGACAACAGGGCAGCUCGACGGCGUCUGGAAGUGACAGGCGAGUUCCGGUUAGGAGAAGUUGUCAACAAGAUCCCGCGAGCUGGGCCACUGGUUACGCCCCGCACCUUUCUCGCGACGAUUGAAGGUGCGAUUUACAUGCUCGCAACCAUCAGCCCGGCUUAUGUCAAUGUCCUGUUGCUCCUCCAAGCUGCUCUCGCCACCCGUGUGCAGGCGCCCGGAUAUAUGCCGUGGGCGAAAUUCCGUGCUUGGAAAACGGAAGUGCUGGAAAGGGAUGAACCAUUUCGCGUUGUGGAUGGCGAGAUGAUUGAGCAGGGUCUUCAGGCUCUAACCGACCAAGAACUAGAGACAGUGCUGAGAGAGGGCGGGUUGAUGGAGGAGGCAUUGAAUGUCAGUGUCGAGGAGGUCCGGGGCUGGGCCGAUGAAUUGAGACGAUUGUAUUAG